CACCGKUUCGAAGAGAUCAAUCCAUUCGAUAUGGAUUCAACACCGAUAGUACACAAGACAUCACCGUUCUCAAUCGAUCCAGAGAUCAAUGCCAAGAUCACCAUGUGGAUUGGAGAGGUUUGGAGACUGGAUACGGCCGCCAUCGUCUAUGCCAACAACUCGUCGCUCUCUGAGCGCAAUGGCGUUGCUCAAUAUAUCUUUGGUCUCGGUGGACCAGAGAUACCGAACGAGAUCUCACAGGCUGGUGGCGAGUGUCGUAUUGGUGAGGUGUUGAUGACCAGUGGUGGCAACCUCAAGACCCGCUACGUCGUUCACACCUGUUGUCCAACCUUUAAUCAGAAGUACCUGUCCGCCUCGGAGAAUGCCCUCAACUCUUGCUAUCGUGCCGCGUUGGGAUUGUCCAGCGAGCACAACCUCUCCACUAUGGCCUUUUCAUGCAUCCACACGUCGAGCAGACAGUUCCCCUCAGAGUUGGGCACACACGUAGCACUCAGAACAAUCAGAAGACAUUUGGAGAAGCAUGGACAGCACCUCAAAAACGUCAUCCUCUGUCUAGAGAGCGAGAUUGAUAUAGAGUCCUACAAGAAGUUGAUGCCUCUCUACUUCCCACGAACAGAGGCAGAGCUGCAGCUGGCACAACGUACACUGCCAAAGGACUGUGGCAACAAGUUUGGUGAGAAAGAGAUUGAGGAGAGAAGGUUACGUGCUCAAGACACUAAGAAAGAAGAUCCGGAUAUUAUCAAGAAGAAGAAGAUCGAGAAUAGAACUGUUGAACAAGUUGAACAAGAGAGGAUACAAUCAAUGUAUGAAGAUUGUUUGGAUAGGUCUAGAACUACGGACCUGUCCAACAUUGCCAGAUUGAACUUUAUCUAUCAGGUGGCAUCUUCAGAUGGUUCACCGAUCGUCGUUGUCAUUGGUUCACAUAUGGACCCAUCAAGGGAUGACCUGGACAGUGUGUUGCUCUACUUUAUCAGAAUCUUUGAAGGUCUGGCACAACGAGAGUUCUCCAUUAUGUAUUUCCAUUCCAACAUGUCAUCAGUACCACUACCAGAGAUGGCAUGGCUAAAGAAACUGUUACUCAUUGUUGAACAUAAAUACUCUAAACAACUGACAGACCUACACGUGAUACAUCCAACAUUCUUUUUCAAAGCUACAUUUAAGGUACUCCGAGGAUUCCUUCUCUAUGACCGAUUCCCAACCAGGAUAGUGUAUCACAACAACCUAAACAAGUUCAAGGAUAUCGUUGGUAGACUCAACCUGCCAAAGUCUGUAUUCUCCUACGAGUUCAAAUACAACGAUGUGGUAGAGUACUCAGUAGAGUCACAUGAAGGU